GGGGCGCUCAAUUGCAGUGUACAUUCAAAACACACCGCACUACCCAAAAUCAACUGCAAUCGGAAGUGUCCUGGAUUUACCUCUGAACAAAAGAGAGUACGAUUUGCUCCAUCCCUGUGAGCUCAGUGAUGGUUAGUGCUGGUUAGAGCCUGCGGCCUAGGAUGUCUGCUUCAGAUUCAGACAAUUCUAUUGACUGGCUAGCCAGUGAUGAUGAAGAGAAUGAGAGCGAGUCAGAACCCGACUGUACCAAAAGACCAGGCCAGAAGCAGGCCCCUCUGUCCCCCAGCUACCAUCCUGAGGGUAGUGGCUCUGGCUCCAGCCCUGGCUUCAGUGCUGUCAGCCACACAGAUAUACUGGGCAGCCAUGACAGUUCCCUGUUCCGUACGGGGUGCCCUGAGGAGUCAAAGUUCAGAAAGACUCAGCCACCACAGAAGAGGCCUCACAGCCCUGUGGUGACAAAACACUGUGGUAAAGACAGGAAGCUCACUUCCAAUCAGUCGGAGAAGGACUGGCUGUUCACCAACAAGAGUAGGGAAUUACAAUGCUACAUUCAGCCACUGUCGUCAAUCUUGAAGGGACUUUGCACCGGGAGAUACAGAGAACGACUAAGCAGUUUCCAGGAGAGUGUGGCAAUGGACAGGAUCCAGAGGAUCAUGGGUGUCCUGCAGAAGCCCUGCAUGGGGGAGCGAUACAUGAACAUUAUUCUUAAAAUGGAGGAAAUGCUGAAGAACUGGUUCCCCAACGUACAACCCAGAGACCAACACACUUUCAUCCAGACAGAAGAAACCACCCCUUCCAAGAAAGCCAAGCUGUCGUCCUCCACCACAUCUCUGCCCAGUGCAGUGGCCAGCCCCGUCACAGACCUCACCCCUCCAGGAGCCUACUCUGUCAGUAACCUGAAAUGGCUGCACACCUCCCCCAUCUGCUGCCCCAAAGCAGAGCAUGCGGGGAGGGUGAGGCACCUGCAGUUUUCCAGAGCGCUAACGCAGGACAGUGCCGUGUCUUCCAGCACAGACAGCCAUGCUAAGACGGACUCUGUGCCAAGCUGGCUGCCAUUGCCUAAGAUCAACGCUCCCUGUCUGGAGAGACUGCUCAAGUCCACAGAGAGCAUCAUUGGCCGCAAGGGUGCAGAGGACAGAACUGGCAGCAGCUGGUCCUAGUCCAUACAGGGGGCCCGGCGCCCAGCCGUGCCCUGCCCACCCUAGCCUGAAGCCAGUCAGCUGUAUCCAGCCCAUUCCAGCCUUUAGGAGAGCUUUCACAAAGGACACAACAGAUACCAUUCCAACAUGGAAGUAACGUCUGUGAACAGGAAAGUCACAUCACAUCUGUUUUUAGCUCCCUUGGUUGAUCAGUUUUGUAGCACCUACUUUUGAAUUGUAUUCGUGACAUGGAGAGUGAGUGGGAAGGAUGAUAUUUGCAUCUUGAAAUAUCCAUAGAGCCAUGGUUUGUUUGGGAUUUCACAGAUUAAUUAUUAUUUCAAUUACUUGACAUGGACACAGCAUUAAUACAGGCAUUGCUUUUCAAAGGGAAAGUAAUGUGAGAACAAAGUUGGUUUGGAAUGCUUCAAACAUUCAGAUGUGUCUGCGAUCUCCAUGUGGUUGUGGGUUGAAUGUGAAAUUGAGUUCCAUGAAUCCACUCUUUGGUGUCUUUGGUGUGACUGUUAAUCAUUUGUAUACCUAUAAAUAAGUCUUUGGUACAACGGUUCUACCUCAAUUGAGCACCCAGUCAAGGUCAGUGUGUAGGAACAUGAGUGCUACGCGUUUGAACAUGAGCAUCUCACAAGAUCUGCGGUGAGCCAAACAGCCUGUAAUGGCAGGGUAUUGAUGAGUUAUUAUACUUGUACAGAGGAUGCUCUCUCCUCUGGGAUGCUACGUUUGACCAACUGCUGCCAUUGUAAAGACUGCAGAUUUCGUUGGGUUCUCCCAGUAGAAGGCAAACAGUGCCUAAGUCAAUCUGUGCAUGUAAGUGGUUUUAUAAAGACAUAGAAACAUUGAGAAUACAUAAACUUACAGUGUGUAGAUAUCACCAAUUCUCAAAACUCCUGCCAUUUCCUGUAUCAAGUAAAUUAUUUGAUUCCUGACAACUUCUUUCUGUGGUAGAAUCAGGACAAGACUUGUCAGUUACCACAGAUCUAGAUGGUGUUUGACCAACAGAGAGAAAGAAUGUCUUUAUGUAAAUAUUUCAAAAAGGGUUAUUUUACCCUGAAAAGUGGUCUUUACAGUCUGAUAUUUUAUACUUUCAAAAUAAAUGUGGUUAUAUUUGUUUGACGUA